UUCCUCCUCAGACCCGGGGUGGAGGAGUCUGCGCUCUGCUCUCUCGCCCACUGCGCGUGACGUCAAACCAGCAUGGCGGUCAAGGUGCAAUCCACCAAACGUGGGGACCCAACUGAGCUGAAGACAAUUUUCCAGAAGUACGCCAGCAUAGUGGACAAGGAUGGGGAGAGGUUCAUGACCCCCGGAGACUUUGUCCAGAAGUAUCUGGGGCUACAGACGCAGAUCCACCACAACCCCAAAACGGUGCAGCUCCUCGCCGCUGUAGCGGACACCACGAAGGACGGGCUGAUCUCAUUCCAGGAGUUUCUUGCCUUUGAGUCGGUCCUGUGUGCACCCGACGCCCUCUUCAUCGUCGCCUUUCAGCUGUUCGAUAAGACUGGGACCGGCACCGUUUCGUUCGAGAAUGUGCGAGACAUCUUCAGCCAGACCACAGUGCACCACCACAUUCCCUUCAACUGGGAUUGCGAGUUCAUCCGCCUUCACUUCGGCAACGACCGGCAGAAACAGCUCAGCUACUUGGAGUUCACCCAGUUCCUGCAGGAGCUGCAGCUGGAGCACGCGCGCCAGGCGUUUGCCCAGAAGGACAAAGAGAAGAAUGGGGCCAUCUCCGCGCUGGACUUCAGCGACAUCAUGUCCACCAUCAGGCACCACAUGCUCACGCCCUUCGUGGAGGAGAAUCUGGUCUCAGCUGCAGGGGGCAGCACCGCUCACAUGGUCAGCUUCUCCUACUUCAACGCCUUCAACUCCCUCCUGAACAACAUGGAGUUGCUCCGCAAGAUCUACAGCACACUGGCCGGCACACGCAAGGACACGCAAGUGACUAAAGAGGAAUUCGUUCACGCCGCCAACAAGUUUGGUCAGAUCACUCCCAUGGAGAUCGACAUCUUGUACCAGUUAUCAGGCCUGCACUCUCCAUCCGGACGUCUGAACCUUGCCGACAUUGAAAGGAUAGCUCCACUAGAGGAGGGAAGUCUGCCCUAUAACCUAGUUGAAACCCAGAAACAGUCCCACGUGGAAACCUCCAGGCCCGUGUGGCUCCAGAUUGCAGAGUCGGCCUACAGGUUCACCCUGGGCUCCAUCGCUGGAGCCACUGGAGCCACGGCGGUGUAUCCCAUCGACUUGGUGAAGACCCGAAUGCAGAACCAGAGGUCCACAGGCUCGUUCGUUGGAGAGCUGAUGUACAAGAACAGCUUUGACUGCGCAAAGAAGGUGCUCCGCUACGAAGGUUUCUCCGGCUUCUAUAGAGGUCUGGUUCCUCAGCUCAUCGGCGUGGCACCGGAGAAGGCUAUCAAACUCACUGUAAAUGACUUCGUGAGAGACAAGUUCACUGGCAAAGACGACUCGAUCCCUUUAUUUGCUGAGAUUCUGGCUGGUGGCUGCGCCGGCGGCUCUCAGGUGAUCUUCACCAACCCUCUGGAGAUUGUGAAGAUCCGCUUGCAGGUGGCGGGUGAGAUCACCACCGGGCCUCGAGUCAGUGCUUUGAGCGUGGUCCGUGACCUGGGCUUCUUCGGCCUGUACAAGGGCGCUAAAGCCUGCUUCCUAAGGGACAUUCCCUUCUCGGCCAUCUACUUCCCCGCGUACGCUCACCUCAAGACUCAACUAGCCGACGAGCAAGGCAGACUGGGGCCUCUGCAGCUUCUGACUGCUGGAGCGAUCGCAGGUAUCCCCGCGGCCUCCCUCGUCACGCCCGCGGAUGUUAUUAAGACACGUCUGCAAGUGGCAGCGCGAGCCGGACAGACCACCUACUCAGGAGUCAUCGACUGCUUCCGAAAGAUUCUGAGGGAGGAAGGCUUCAGCGCUUUGUGGAAAGGAGCCGGAGCUCGUAUGUGUCGCUCCUCCCCUCAGUUUGGUGUGACCCUGGUGACUUACGAGCUGUUGCAGCGGUGGUUCUACCUUGAUUUUGGUGGACACCGCCCGGCGGGAUCCGAACCGACGCCCAAGUCUCGCAUCGCAGAGCUUCCGCCCAUCCACGCCGAGCACGUGGGAGGCUACCGCCUGGCCGCGGCUACCUUCGCCGGGGUGGAAAACAAAUUCGGCCUCCACCUCCCCAAGUUCAAGUCCUCCGGCGUCGCUUCCAUCCAUCUCUCGGAGGCGGCCGGUCCAGCUCAGGCACCUUAAGUGUCAUCAGCUCCACAUCAUCGCUCCUCCCAGUCGCCAGGAGCCAGACACUUAGAUCAACGCAAACGAAGAACACAGGACUCCACACGUCAGGGACCACCGCCACAGGACACACCAGCGGCCUUUUCGCCCCUCGACCAGCCGCGGGUGGCGAGAACGGGCCGCAGUCGGACAUCGAUGGGAGAGGAGCGCUGACUGUGUUGCAUCUUCAGUGGCUGGGUGCUCCUGGGUUGGGGAGGGCUCCAUCUUUUCGUGUUCCUCUCUCAAAACAUUUGUGUAAAAGCGAACCAUGGGCACUCCUGUCUGUCUCUCAUGAGUAGAUGAUUAAUUUUUUUGUUUUUUUUGUCUGACGCUCGGCGCGAGUAGGACUUCUCUUUCUGGGCGGUGGGCAUAGGAUAUAACCGAGUGAUGUGCGCAGCUUGUGAGGCGUCGCUCACAGCAACAGGAGGCUGCAUACUGUACAUACUGUAUAACUGUACUGAGGAAAAGUUACAAGAUCAGCCUGUUUCAUUACACUAAAGCUGUAAUGCCCAUGUAAUGCAAGGCGGGGCCCCCCCCCCCAGGUCCCGCUCUCUGAGAGUCACUCUUACUGAUGUACAGAGCUUAUUCCUUUCGGUUUUCUUGUUAAAACAAGAAUCAUUAGCAGAGAAUUAGGUAUUAUUAAAUUAAAUGUAUCUCAAUUCAAUUACUGUAUUUUAAAUAAAUAAAUCAUCCAUAUGGUUUUAUCUUUA